AUGAUGCCCUGUGGUUUCCCCAGCUUUCACCUUAUCUGUGGAUUGAAAACAGACCCAAGCAGGCAGCUCGAAGCUCAGGGGGAGUGUUUGCACCCUCAGAGCCUGCUGCUCUCCUCAUGGGGCCUGGGGGAGACCUGCAGUGUAGGCUGGGGAUGGUCCCACACAGAGGGACAUGGUGGGAGCCUGGCCCUAGCAGGCUGGGGGAAUAUGGUGCUCAUGGUGUGUGUCAGGGAUGGACAGGGUUUGGGGGACAACAGCAGGUGGGGAGCUGGCAGGACCUCAGCUGAUAUCCCACAGGUACUCUAAGUCUCCUGUGGUGUUCGUUGAGGCCUGAGGUGUCCCUGUGCCUUGCUUUCUGUCUCUGUUAAAGCUGAAAGGAGACUUUCAGACUCUGCCGGGUCAAGGGCUUUGUCCAGGAGGAAGCUGGUGAGGUCCCUCACAAAUCACCAUGCUGUACAGCAUAUAAAAAUAACUCUUAUCUGCCUGAAAAGCCAGACGGAGGGACGGGUGACCCACCACAGGGAAGGGGGAGGUAGGGGUGGGGAGAACCCCAGUGCCCUUCACUCUGUUGCCCAACAAUGGGGUGAGCGCUACCCCAGGUGACCCCUUCCUAGACAGCCCUGCUUGAUCCUUAACUAGCAGCAAAAGCCAUAUAAUUCCCCUCCUGCUGACACCACCACGCCAUGGAUUACCUCUGGCUCAGUAAACGUUUGCGUUCUGGGGCAGGGAGGCACUGCCCAGCCAGCCCCAUGCUCUCAGAGGGGGAAGCUGAUGGCUGCAGGCCGGAGCAGGAGCCCACCUUUGUGCAACCACAUCCCUCCACCUUCAGUCAUCCCUCCUGCCCGGAAAGGAGCUCCUGUGACCACAGGCUGGAGCCGGAGAGGAGAAUGCUGGAGAAGAUUCAGAAGAUGCUCGUGGUUCGUAGCCCGACCAUCAGGGAGCUGCUGGCAGAAGCACUGGGGAUGUACAUCCUGAUGGUCUUUGGCUUGUCUUCUGCAGCACAAGUGGUGUUAGGAAAAGGAGAAUUUGGGCAGUAUGUGAGCAUCAAUUUGGCAUUUGGCAUUGGAGUCACCCUGGGGAUCCAUGCAGCCGGAGGAAUCUCUGGAGCUCAUCUGAAUGCUGCCAUCACCAUCAUGCACUGCAUUUUAGGAAACCUCCCCUGGAGAAAGCUUCCAGCUUAUCUGCUUGGCCAGUUCCUGGGCUCCUUUCUGGCAGCAGCCACCGUCUUUGGCACCUACUAUGAUAUUCUGUACGACUACACCAAGGGGAACUUCACGGUGACAGGACCGACUGCCACAGCGUCGAUCUUCUCCACUUACCCUCAUCCCUGUGUGUCCUUGCUGGGAGGCUUCUUCACAGAGUUUAUGGCGACGGUGAUGUUGCUCUUGGGCAUUCUGGUCAUCCAUGAUGAGAAAAAUAACGCAGCCCUGAAAGGCACGCAGGCCAUGCUCACGGGUAUCCUGGUCCUGGGCAUUGGUCUGGGGAUGGGAAUGACCACAGGCUAUGCCAUAAACCCCUCCCGGGACCUGCCCCCAAGGAUCUUCACAGCAAUUGCUGGCUGGGGAAUGGACGUCUUCACGGCUGGAAAUUACUGGUGGUGGAUCCCAGUCGUAGCUCCAACACUGGGAAGCCUUGUUGGUAGUUUAGUCUACAAACUAUUCAUUGAUGUUCACAAUCAAUCUGUCCCAGAAAGUGGAAAUGAGAAAGGACAGCCAGCUAUAGAGACUUCUACGCUGUGAUGGCCACAUGCUCCCAGGAAAGGGUCUGACAGCGAAGUCGAGGUGGACACACGCACUGACAGCCAAAGGGUAACCAUGUGGGUAAGGGAUGUGCAACAGCACUGCUGGAGCACACACGUUUCUCACCCUGCAGGUGGAGAAAUGAGAGAGUAGCUUACAAUAAAUCUAUUCUGCUUAACCAGACAAACAGGGUCUCUAAGACACUGGGCAGACCUGAGUAGGCUAGAACUGUCUAUGACCUGAAGAAAUUAUUCAAUCUCCCUGAGCAAAAAUCUACCAAAAAAAAGAAAAAAAAAUCACAUUCUGGAGAAAAAGUACAGCUGCAAGACUUCAGUUACCUGUAAGUUCACAGCAAUCAAAAUACAAAAUCCAACAGGGUUAGAAUUAAAAAUUAGUCCUACACAGUGGCAGAAACAACUUAAUUGAAGAAAUUUUGAUCUGGACUAUUCUUUUUGUAAGAGAUAGGAGAUAUUACAUUGAUGAAUCAGGAGAUUAGAUUUGUUUCUGUUUGCUAAAUCUGCCACCGUAUCUAUGAUCCAGUUUGUUAGAAUACAGAGAAGAGCAAAGGUGGUCUGAAAAAGAAACCUGGUGGCUUUUUUUUUUAUUUUUUUAAUAAUUUGUUUUCUUUUUGGUCUAAAUACUAAGGAAGCACUAGCAAAUUAGUAAAUUACAGGGUCUCCUGAAUCCUGGUAUAACAUGCUGGAACAGGCUGCUAUGUUUUGUGCUAUGCUGAUGUGAUGGAACCAGGUGUGUUACUGAUGAGUGAGACUUCAACUACCAACUUAUGAAACGAUUCAGACAACUUCUGUGGCAGCAUCUCCAAACACUGGGAAAACAAACAAAAAAAAUCAGAAAACCAGCAAAACCUUUUGUCUACUCUGAAAGCAAGAAUAACAUGGGAAGAUACUGCUAUGCUCCUUGCAUGAAUUCUGCCACCUCCAUCUGACUGAGGAAAUAGGCUUGCAAGUUUGAAGCAUCGUUGGAGUAAAUGUAAAACAUUAUCAGAAGCUGCCUGUCCCCAGGCUGGGUGAUAAGGCUAACUUUUCUGGGGGCUGCUUAAGCAAGUACGUUCCAUAUAUCAAGUGUAUGACUGUGGUUCCAGGGCUGGGUACCACAAAGACAACACAGGACUCUACUGUAGGAAAUGACAGAAUAUCACUGUUGCACAGAAUUAUGAAAACUGGCACUUACUGGCUUUAACAAUCAUUCACAUUACGCUAUUAAAUGGACUAUUACUGUAUUACUGUCACAUGGGGGUGGAUGGUAGGUACUGACAUCUCUGUUUCUUCAUUAGAGUUGACCUUUAUUAGUAGAGCAGCUCCAAAAGAUCUUUACUUGGCACAAGGUGCACAUCAGCCUAAGAGGGCUGAAGAGCAUUAAAGGAUUUUUCUCCUGUGCCGGGGGGUGGCAGAGGGCAGCUGCUAGGCAAGCCCUGGAAGGCUCUUUGAGCAUUGACAGUGGUCCCUGGGUAAGUGCUGGAAGCCAGCAAAACAUGUUAGAGUGAGGCUGGAUGGCUGCAGAAAUUUUGAACAGUGAACAUGAUGGAAAUAGAACAACCAGUUCACAGAGAUGAAGAGACUCAUCCAUGUGAUAAACUGGGAACUCUGUAAUAGCUCAAGGUGGGAUCAGCUUAAAAGACACUGUAACCUAUCUCAGUGUGAGAUUCUGCACUGCAUUAAAAGAAAACCAAUCCAGCCUGCACUCUGUUGUUACUGUGCAUCCUUGUGCAUGUGCUGCCAAAGGCAUCUUCAAAUACUUAAUCACUCUGGAGGAAAAUAUUAAAAUCUUUAUUAAAAUACUAUUAAGCGCUUACAGGGCGGCUUCAUCUUUCUGAAGGCCAUACAAACACUUGCAAAAGCCUCACAACAUCCCUGUGAGGUAGUUUGGUCGUAUGUAAUUAUAUGACUGCUUCACAAAUAAAAGAUGCUGCUCUUUAAAUAAUC